GAACAGAAAAGCACACCCUCCAGCUCUGAAUUUCAAGGACUCGUAAAUACAAACCGCCUGAGUUAAUUCAGGUAGUGACUGAGAAUAUUGGCCCGUUGCCGCUUGUGUUCCGUGGCGGAGAUGCGGGAAAUGCACACGUGUUUUGGGAAGCCACAAUGUAAUUUAGGAGACCUAUCUUUUCUGAGUUGGACGUAAUUAUGAAUUCACACUGUGGUGUGGCAACACUCUCCAACUCCUGAGGGAAAAGUAUAUUAGCUGACGCUGAGUGUCAGUGUGAAAAUGGGAUGGGCUCUAAGCUCCUUUGUGGGCGUGCGACAAUAGAGGAGGUUGCUGCGAAGGUGUUAUCGGAACGAAGCAUCACUUUAUGUGCCCAGCGCGCAAGGAACGGAAUGGAAAGACUGAAGUUCUUCUGCUGAUUCUCAGACAAGCCUCUUAACAAAGCUACAAUCCGUAAGGAAUACACGUUUAAAUACAGAGGAUUAUUCAGACUGCCGUCCCAAGGAAUACUACUUCAGCCCCAACGGCGACUAUUUCCCUCCCCGACAUCGCCAACGAUACGCUGGCGCUGGGAACCGCACAGACAAGAAGAAUAUACCGGACUAAUAGGUCUAUGGCUGUCAAAUGCGGAGGGGGUAAUUCACUGUCUUUGCGAAAACGUACGGUUGUGUUUAACCCUACCUUAUAAAUAAAAGAAGAAUGACUCCACGGGCGAUUUGAGGUCGCGAAAACUGUCCUCAGUACAGCUCAAUUGGACAACCUGAAUUCAAACCAAAUUUUGCGUUUUCGGUGAGGCAUUUUAACUGUCUUGCAAAAAGCGAUUGCUUGGUCGAUUUUUUUAAAAGGGGGCAGCGCUGCUUUUGCCCAAGCUCUGAGCAGGUGUUUGAACGAAUCCUUUUCGCGUCUGACGAAGUCUUUGGAGCAGGAAAUUGUAAAGAGAGGAUCAGCUGGACACAAAGGAAGUAUCAAGCCAUGGGGAUCAAAGCCCUUCUUAUUGCGUGUGUAAUGCUUGCUGGUACCGGCUCAGCUAAGCGUGUGGUGACGGUCCAGAGCGGCCCGCUGAUCCGCACAGAAGGGUCCCACGUGACCAUCUGGUGCAACGUGACGGGCUACAAAGACGGCGUGGAGCAGGACUUCGAGUGGUCCAUGUACCUGCACUCGGCCCCGGACCGCGAGAUCCGCAUCAUCAGCACCAGCCAGCCCAACUACGCCUACAGCGUGUACGCCCAGCGCGUCAACCGCAAGGACAUCUACGUGGAGCGGCUGGCCGGGGACUCCGCCCUGCUGCACAUCAGCAAGCUGGAGGCCAAGGACCAGGGCCAGUUCGAGUGCUACACCCCAAACACGGACGGGCACUACCUGGGAUCGUACAGCGCCAAGACCAACCUGACCGUGAUUCCGGACACCCUGAGCGUCACCUCCGUGGGACAGACCCUGAGCAAAGUGGAGGGGGACACGCUCCAGCUGGCCUGCGAGGUCUCCAGACAGACCCCCCAGCACACGCACCUCUCCGUGGGCUGGUACCUGCGCUCCCCCAACCAGAGCGCCCCGCCCCAGGACCUGGUCACCCUGUCCCGGGACUUCGUGCUGCGCGCCGGCGGGCCCUACAAGCAGCGCUUCAACACGGGCGACGUCCGCCUGGACAAGACCAGCAGCGCCACCUACAAGCUGACCAUUUACAGGCUGCAGCCGGCCGACCAGGGCCUGAUCUACUGCGAGGCCGCCGAGUGGAUCCAGGACCCCGACCGGUCCUGGUACGCCAUGACCCGCAAGCAGUCGGAGAAGACCUCGGUCAAAGUGCAGCCCACAGACAGGGACUUCAGCAUCCAGGUGAGCACGGAGCGCCGGGCCUACGCGGCCGGGGAGACCCUGGAGCUGCGCUGCUCCAUCGACGCGCAGAGCGUCCAGGACCGCUACUUCUCCGUGUCCUGGGUGUUCAGCAGCUCGCCCGUGGCGGUGGUGGGCCCCAGCGCCGUGCCCGUGCUGAGCGGGGAGUACGUGCGCCGCGAGGCCGCGGGUCAGCUGACCGUGCGCAAGGAGAGCCCCGCCGUGCACCUGCUGAAGCUGCGCUGGCUGCGCCCGGAGGACACGGGGAAGUACAUCUGCAGGGUCACCGAGAGGGAGAAGAUGCCCUCCGGGGACUUCAUCGACAGAAGCAAGAGGUCCCGCAACGUCCAGAUCUCUGUCCAGCCCUUAAGGAGCAACAUCACUGUGUCGCUGUCCGCCAACUCCACGGAGGUCCUGGAGGGUGACCCCAUCCAGCUGGUCUGUUCCGUGCGGGGCGCCAUGGAGACGGCGAGCAGCCUGUCCGUCCUGUGGCAGUGGACGGACGGGCAGGGCGACGCCCCGCCGCAGGACCUGGCCGCCGCGGACCGGGAGGGGACGGUGAGGCCGGGCCCCUCGUACCGCGAGCGGAGCGCGUACGGGGAGAUCUGCCUGGACCGCGUCCGGACCGACACCUUCGCGCUGUCCGUGUACAACGCCCUGCCCGGCGACGCGGGGCAGUACCGGUGCACCGUCACCGAGUGGGUCCCGGCGCCGGACGGCACCACCUGGGAGAGCAUCGGGGAGACGACCGCGGUCAAUUCGGUCAACGUCAAAGCAGUUGAAUCCUCCUUCUUCGUCGCGGCUUCGUCGCGGACGCCCAGCGUGACGUACGGCGACUCCUUCGACCUGCAGUGCAUCGUGAAGCCGCGCUACAACGCGCGCGUGCCGGUGAUGGUCACCUGGCACUUCCAGCCCGCGGAGGACGCGGGCGGCAGGGGCGAGUCGCGGGACCUGGUGACGCUGACGCAGGAGGGGACGCUGCAGUGGGGGGACCACCUGCUGGGCCUGGGCACGCGCGCCUCCAUAGACAAGUCCCCCACGAACAGCAACUUCAGGCUGAGGGUGAACCGGGCGGGGCGCCGGGACGCCGGGACCUACCAGUGCACCGCCCAGCUGUGGAGGAGGAACUACGACAGCACCUGGACCAAGGUCACCAAUCGCACCUCCAACCUGCUGGGCAUCAAUGUGCUGAAGCCAGCGAGCAAGCUGCGGGUCCACAAGGCCAACCAGAGCCUGUGGUUCGUGGAGGACAGCCGCGUGCGGGUCAACUGCUCCGUCACGUCCCAGACCAGCCCGGACUCCCAGCACACGGUCCUGUGGUACGCCCGGAAGAACGAGGAGCCCGACGACGCCCCCGAGCUCCUCCUGAAGAUCAACCACAACUCGGCCUUCGAGUACGGGGCAUACGCCGAGGAGGAGCGCCUGAAGAGCCGGGUGCAGUCCGAGCGGCUGUCGCCCCGCCUCUACGGCCUGACGCUGCACCGGGCCGAGACCAGCGACAGCGGCGUCUACUACUGCCUGGUGGAGGAGUGGCUGCUGGACCCCGACGGCGCCUGGUACCAGCUGUCCGAGGACUCGUCCGGAUUCACCCAGGUGGUGGUGAAGCAGCCAGAGAUCCGGCUGCGGGUGGAGGAGGCCGAGUCCAACGUGACGGUGAACGAGGCCGCCUCGAUCCGGCUCGGCUGCAGCAUCACCUCCCAGUCCGCCAAGGACUCCCGCUUCUCCGUGUCCUGGUACGUGGUCCGAGCGGGAGACGAAGAGGAGGAAGAGGAAGGCGAGGGGGAGCUCGAGUGCAUCUUCUCCAUCGGGCACGACGCUGUGUUCGGGAACGGGAACUGCAGCCCUGCCGAGGGCGCUGGGCCAGACUCCCGCCUGCAGUUUGAACGGACGACCUCUGACCUCUACAGCCUCACCAUUCAGAGAGCACGGCCCAGCGACGCUGGCAAGUACUUCUGCCAUGUGGAGGAGUGGCUGCUUAACCCUCGAAAUGCCUGGUACCGCCUCGCCACCAACAACUCUGGGGUCACCAUCAUCAAUGUGCUGGAGCAGGUGUCCUCUCUCCAGUCCAUCGUCUGCUCCAACGACUCCCUCUUCUACUUUGUCUUCUUCUACCCCUUCCCCAUCUUUGGCAUCCUGCUCAUUGCGUUGCUGCUGGUGCGCUACAAGGCCCGCAGCUCCAGCAAGAACCAGGAGGGCAAGAAUGGCGCCCCCUUGCUGUGGAUCAAAGAGCCGCACAUCAACUACUCCCCCACCUGCCUGGAACCCCCUGCCCUCAGCCUGCACCCAGGUAGUGUAGAGUAAGCCCCCCCCACCCCACCCUACCCACCCCCCCUGGUACAGGAGGAAAACACCUAGAAGAUCCGUGGGCUUCUCUGAGCCCCGAGCCUGUCACCACUGUGUCAAAGCUGUCCAAACCGUCCACACAUCUUUCCUGCAGUGUAUUUCUGAGGGCCUCCCGGCCCUUUCACUAAUAAUUGGAAGGGUCAUCUUCGGCAGAUUCACUUUUUCUCUUUCUAUCAUGUUUUGCUGUGUGAAGUCCUCCCCCCCCCCCCCCCCCCCCCCCCCACGGCCUCCAAACCCCCUUCCCCCCCCUCCCCCCCGAGGCGCCAGGCAGUGCUGUCACCUCUGCCCUUCUUCAGAACACCUCCAUGGGAUUAUAAAAAAUGUCACUUUUGCCAAAAUGAAGUAUCGAUUCUACUCUCUCUGAUUGUACGACUGCGGUUAGGUGUCCAUCAAGGUUUAACGCUACAUCAGAGCCUCUUUCUGGAUAGGCCUGUUUUUCUCUUUAUCGUAACUACAGUAAACUCCCCUCUCCCCCUGGAAAGCGAUGCUAUAUUUGUUUACUGGAACACGGAUACAAAGAGGGUGAAUAUCAUUGGAAAUUAAAGAAGAAUCUGGAUGAAAAUACUGUGUACGAUGAUUGGACUUGUGAAACCGACCAGCGUAUGGGGUGGAACCCUAGCCAGUCAUCGGUGCCAAAGAUCCGCAAACACUUUGGCCAAGCUAGUACUCGCAUCAGCCAGCUUUCGGGGUCCUGAGGCCGAGCGCAUUCAGGAAGUCUGCAUUGACCUGACUUAACAUCGAAAUACGGGCUGAAUGCAGUCAGGCUUCCGAACAACAGGAUGCCGUGUGCACACGGUGAACUUUGAAAAAAACAAAGCGAUGUUGUAUAUGUGUCUACCAGUUCAUUAUCUCUUGAGUGUGUGCGACUUCAAAGGCUUCCAGUAGGUCUAAGCGAGAGUAUUUGUGUUUCUUUUUGAUCCCCGUUCCCUCUGAAGACGGGAGGAGAAGCGGGGAGGGGCUGCGUGGUGGUUGGAGGGAACAGGCGCGGCUCUGAACCGUCAGAACGGAUUUGCCUCCCUUUUCCACGGAUUCUAGGGGCGGACAUGUCUGAAAAAUAUCUCUGACUGGGAUUGUGCAGGAGGGUGGAGGCUGUGCUUUCACCUCUGCUUCUGUAAAUCUGUGGCACCGUCGCCUGUUAAAACGUUAUCCUGUUUGCAUGGGUGAUGGAGCACACUGGCUAAAUAGCGCCACAGGUGUGGGAGACUGUUUCAGACGCGUCUGUACCAUGGCUGAAUGCUGAAUCUCUCCGUCUGUCUGAACUCUUUGAUACAGAGAGAGAGAGAGAGUGAAAGAGAGAAAGAGAGAGAGAGAGAGAGCGCUUUGCUCUGAGUUUCAUAGAGUGAAUCCAAAUGCCUACAUGAUGGAUAUUUCAGUGCCAAGAACGUAUUCUUUUAUUUGUCUGCAAAUGCUGAAAGCGAUCCAGAGAAAGAGAAAAGCCUAUUGACUGGGGACAGGUGUAAUGGCCUGCCGCAGCCACUGAAACAUGAAAAAUGUAUGCGCAUACAGUCGAGGGCCGUUAUGCAGUUCUGCUGGUAGGACCCCUCAAAAACUCACAAUUACAUAAAAGUGCAAAUGAAUAUACCUUUGAACGAGAUAACAGAAAAAAAAAGCAGGAGAAUGCCUGCUAUUGUCUUUGUUGGCCUGAUUUUCUGUAUUGCCAUUUUGUACUCUCUUAAAGUCGCAUUUCUUAACCAGUGAUGUCCUUCAGCAUUGGAACAUUUCAGACAAUUGCAUCUUACAACAUACAACCACACAAAUAUUUUCACUGAAGGCGUGUAUACAAACCUGUGUGCUGGGAGAAAGGGCAUAAAACAUGAUAAAACAAGCGCCUUUUGCCCAUAAGCACCAGGGCAUGGAUCCUGCCAUGUAAAUGGAAAAUAGGCUCAGUACCCAUUACACUUCAACACAACUGCCAUGAUGUACCAACUUCACAUCAUUGCUAAAUAAAGAUGCAGCCAGCUUUGACAGACUAAGUAUGAGUAGGAAGUAAAAUACAUACGUUCAGUGACAAGUGCAGGCAUUUACACUUUAUUUUGUGUUUAUUACAUAUGUUAAUUAUAUGCUCUGAAUAAAAUAAAAAGGUUUUUUUUUUUUUGUAAUUUGAACUGCCAGCGCACAAUAUAGCAAAUAUGCGACAACUUAGUUUAGCUAGCCUCUUUCCACUAUAUCAAGGCAAAUAGUCGCAUGCGCUGUCUGGUAUCAAUAAAGAAAUGCCAUCAGUAACUGUCCACAGACCAACAGUAGUGAGCCACAGAUGUAUAAAUACUAGGUUGUUUCAAUGUAUUACAAAUAGUGGUGAAAACAUGGUAAAGUUCUGAGGACAAAUUCAAUGUUUGCCUGAUCAUAUGGUUCCGAUAUUUCUUAUGAUGAUCAGAUUUUUUUUGUUUUGUUUUGUUUUUUUGCUUUCUGUGAAAAUAUUUGGACAGUUCAUAUUCACAGAGAGCUGAGUCUGGAUAUUCCAAACACAUUAUUUGCUGCGGACACAUUAUUAAGCCUAUGUUUCAGCAAAAAAAAAAAAAAAGAAAAAUAAUUGAGCAAAAAAUCUUUGAUUGAGCUUCAAUAUGUAAUGGUCCCUUUUUAAAAGCUCAAUUGGAAAAAAGCACAGUUUAAGCAAUGAGACAUUGAACCUCAGCAAAAUUAGAGGGACCACUUACACACACUGGGUUCUCCAGCCCUUGCCCUGGAGGGCCACAGAUUUAAUUGUUUUUUGUUGUUGUUUUUUUUUUCACCUUAAAAUCAGCAAUCAAUACCGAUGUAAGAAACCAGGUGAGGUGACAGUACAAUCAACAGCUCUGAUUGAUCAGUUAGGCACUGAGGCUCUCCAGUGCUUGGGUUGCAGGCCUAUGACAUAUAACAUGAGACAUCAUUUCUUUUACUUAUUUUAUGUAUUUUAUUAGCCAUUUUUAAUGCGUUUUAAAAACAAUAACAUGUAUUUCUCAAGAUCAUUAAAAUGCCUCUGAUUGAAAUCUAUGUCAAACACUGGUGCAGAUAAAUCUAACUCGUAUUGGUCACAGGAGAUUGAUUGUACAAUACGCAUUGCAUCACAGUUUGUUCAUUUAUAUAUUGAGGCUAAAUUUUAGCCAAACUUUAUACAUGAUAUUAUUAUAGCCAUUUAAUUUUUAAAAAAUUCAACUAUGCUGUCAGCCCACAUUCAUUUAAUUUUAACCCUUUAUUAAGACUUUAAAAUCUCUAAUAAAUAUAAUGGCUAAAAACAGUAUGCCCUUUACUAAAAGCAAUAUAUGCCUAAACCAGGCAGCCAUGUUGGAUGGGUGGAUUUAAAAUCAUAUUUCCUGUUUCUUCUGUGGCUCUGAAUUUGUAAGAGAAACAGCUGUUGUUCUGGAAGGGCCUGCAGCUAAUCCACCUGUGUGAGUUCAUUCAGGGUAGCCCUGUAAGGCAUAGAAAUUACAUCCAAUCUAGUCAUUUUAUAUCUAUGGUGAAAGCACUGCAGAUCUGUUUGCCGUGAAAGCUAUGUGACAAAAUGUAUCAACUUGAUGCUAUUUAUUGAAAUGUACUGUAACAACUAGUUAGAAAUUGUAAAUUUCCUAGAUUAACUAAUUUCAGUGUGGACAUCAUCAUAACUGAACAAUGUGAAGCAGUGAAACUAAUUGCUACCAUUGUCACAGAACGGAGCAGCUCUGUGAAAUGAUAGAGAAAUAGCUUGCGGAAGUUUGAAGAGCUAAAGUGGGACUAGUUCUUGUCUGAGACAUUGUGGAGCCCACGGGAAGGACCAUACGAGCCGCACUCUAUGGUACAUGUGUUCAAAGUCAGCUUUGCACCUCUUAGAGAAAGUCGGUCAAUGUUCUGCUCUUUCCUCUUCUGUCAACAUGUAUAUUGCAUGACAAACAGGAAAACUUUUGAUGUUUUGUAGUUUUAUGUUUGACUCAAAAAGGUGUAAUGAUGAGUUGUUUUCUCACAACGGCUUUCGACGUCAAUGCUGAAUUUUCCAUUUCCUCGACAGUGUUAGGUCUACAGUAAGUUUUAGCUGGCCCUAAACCCAGUUUGAAAAUUUGAGAAACAUAACCGCUUUCUCUAUUUACCGGAUGUCAAGUGAAGAUCGGUUGUCAUCUCAAUUGUUAUCAGUACUGAUAAGGGUAAUUCUAAUUCCCUAAUUACCUAAUUCUACCUAAUUAGGUUCAUAAUUACAACAUAAGGGAAUGGGGAAAAUGGCACUGAUGUUUGCUGUCUCAGAAAACCAGUUGGCCCAGCUGUACAGAAUUGCUCUGAAUUGUGUUUUUUGUAGGAAUGCACCCAGCCAACUCAAUGUUCUUACAGUGUUGCCAUAACGUUUUGAGGACGCUAUGUUUGUAGGCUGUGUACUGGCUCAAGAGUUGGUGUAAACAUUGUGGUGGUGUGUACUCAGUUCAGCCAGUGCAGUUUUUUUAAAUGUUGUAUUUUAUAUUGUUUUUAAACUUCAUUUGUACAGAAAGAGUGCACUGAAUUAAAGAGGAAGGUCAGCGCUUUU